AUGUUCGGGUUUCUUGCAACCGGCAUAAAGAAAUAUUAUGACAUCAACGAGACGCUGGGAAAAGGUAGCUUCGCGACUGUAAAGAAAGGAAUUCCGAAGGAUGGAGGGAAACCAGUUGCAAUUAAAAUAGUUGAUAAGAAAGAUAAAGAAUAUGAUGCAAACGCGUUACAACAAGAGAUUGCGAUUAUGAAAAAAGUUAAUCAUCCCAAUUGUAUCAAACUGAUAGAGGUUUUUGAUGAGAAGACAAGAUUGUAUAUCGUGCUCGAACUUGUGACAGGAGGAGAGCUGUUCGACAGGAUUAUCACCAAAGGUUCUUACUCCGAGAGAGAAGCUGCCAUCUUGAUUGAAAGCGUCGUCAGAGCCAUCGCCUACUUGCAUCAGGUCGGAGUUGUACACCGAGACUUGAAGCCCGAGAACCUCCUCUACGCCAGUGGCGACCCAGAGAGUCCAGACUACGAAGUGAUCAAGGUGGCAGAUUUCGGGCUGGCGAAGGUUGUCAUGCCAACUGAAGACCACACGAUGAGCACAACGUGCGGGACUCCAGGGUAUGUUGCACCAGAGGUGCUGGAGCAGAGAGGAUAUGGACCUGAGGUGGAUCUGUGGAGCAUUGGAGUUAUCCUCUACAUCCUUCUCUGUGGCUUUCCUCCUUUCUAUGAUGAAAACAACUCCGUUUUAUUCUCUCAAAUCAAGAAAGGGGACUACUCCUUCCCCUCCCCGUACUGGGACGACAUUUCCAGCGAGGCCAAGGAUCUUGUGAAUCCUGCCAAGAGACUCAAGAGCGAGGAGAUCGUCGAGCACCCGUGGAUCUCCUCGCGGCACAGCAACUCGUCGAGCGCGCUGCUGCUGCAGCAGGAGCAGCUCAAGAAGUACGUGGCGCGCGGGCGCUUCAAGCGAGCCAUCAACACGGUGGUGGCGACGAAUCGUAUCAAGGCCUUGACUGUGGGGAAGUAG